AUGUUGUUUGCUGACGACAUCGUACUGUGUACUGAGGAUAAUGAAGAAGCCGAACAAGAGCUAGAAAGAUGGAGGCAUGCCCUAGAGAGACGAGCGAUGAAGAUCAAGGGCAAGGUAAGCAGAACUUGCGUGAGACCAGCCAUUAUGCACGACCUAGAAACAAUCCCCCUCACGAAAGCUGCUGAAAGCAAAAUGGAGGUAGCAGAGAUGAGAAUGCUGCGUUUCUCGCUGGGGCUGACGAGAUUAAAUAGGGUCCCAAACGCGGAAGUUAGAAAGCAGCUGCAAACUAGAAGAUUUGGGGAUAAGCUAAGAGAAAAAGCAGUUUCUGACUUCUGA